CGAUAGCUGCGUGUACUCGAAGAACCCUGAGCCGACCGGGUCUCAUCUUCUUUACCUCUUUUAAACUUCCUUUUCCACAGUCACCAUUCAUCCCACACUCUUUGCCCAGUCCUCACCGUCUCUACCGAGCGUGGUUGACCACCGACUUCCGCGCCCAACCGCUGGUGUCCUUGGUCCCCAAGUCACUCUGUCCGUUACGGCCUCCGAAAAUGUCGAGCAGAACUUCAAGAAGUCGAGUGUUACCGCUAUGAGUGAUGUUGACACUGCCCCUUCGCUGCCGGCUGUCCUGGAUCCCGGAAAACAGAACGCGUUUGCAGUCAAGGCGAACAAUCAGCCUGCCUUGAGGCCUUCUCCCAGGAGAUCGUCGCUUUCGCCACCUUCCCAGAAUGAAAAUGUUCCUGCAAAGGGGUUAGAUUCUGUUGCUGGUGACAAGGAAGGGCCACCAAGCCCCAAGGCUGAUUCGGAGGCAGAAACUAUAAUUCAAUCGGGUCGCGAGUCCCUGUCACCAGAGAAAAGACGAAAGUUCAUCAAGCAUGAACCGAAACGACGUGAUGGUGAUGCGAAUGAUCGUGAUGGGGAAAAUGAACUGCCGUCAAGUGAUGUCCAGGUGAGGAAGAGCAAGCCUGCGGAUUAUAGCCAUGAUGUUAGCGACCGUGAACAGCGCCAGCUGAGCCCUCAAUGGAGAGACGGAUCACCGCCUAUUGUGAAGCUAGAAAAGUCCGACGAUGCCCGAUCGGUCUCGAGCAGGUCAGAAACCAUGAGGACUUCGAGAAAGCGGAGUUUGAGUGAGAGCGUCAAUGGCGAUUCGGAUGUUCCACGACCAGCACGUCAUAGGGACUCACCGGUUCGGAGCCAGGAGGAACAUAUCCUUAGUAAUGGUGUCAACUUCACGCGGCCGGCUUCUACGGAUCGUUCGGUGUCGCCUGUUCGCCGAGCUCACAAGCGAACGGCUUCUGGCCAGCAGCUCACAAAUGGAAAAAAGAAGAAGGCCCCCGCAGCUUUCGCUACUGGGUUUCGAAGGCAAAGCUCCGAGGAUCGCCAAUCAGUGUCAUCCGCAAAUGGAUCUCCGAUGCCGAAUGCUUAUGCUCGAAAGAUUGCUUCUGCCGACGGAGCUUCAGCGUCCCCGGCCAGACACACUAAUUAUAAGAAGAUACGCGAUCAGAAUGGCAGAACCCGCCUGGCGCGUGCUUGCGCGGCUCAGGAAUUGGAUCAGGUUAAGCAGCGGUAUAUGGAACGUCCAGAGGAUUUGAACGUUCCUGACAAUGCGGGAAAUACACCUUUACAAAUAGCGGCCCUAGAGGGUUGUGCACCGAUUGUCGAAUUCCUGAUCGCUGCAGGAUGUGAAGUUGAAACUUGCAACAUCGACAAAGACACUCCAUUGAUUGAUGCGGCGGAAAAUGGUCAUGAGGAUGUGGUGAAGAUUCUCUUGGCUGCUGGAGCGAACCCACGAGCUGUUAACUCACAAGGCAAUGAGCCAAGUGAUCUUGUCCCCGAUGACUGCGAUGAGAUCCGGCAACUGUUGGAGAAAGCAAAAGCCCAGCGAAGGCCAGCAAACAGGCGUUCGGAAGAGACAAGCGUACCGCCAAAUCGCGAUUCGUCCUCGCGACGAAUCUCAGGCGCCAGCCCACGCGAGUCCCCCCCAGCUAGUGGCCAACGCAGCCCUCCGUAUCCCAGCACAAUGGCGACAAAGCGAAAGAGCGUAAGGAGUGAAGCCACGAGAAACGAUCUGCUGUGGACCAAGGCUACUCCGGAAAAUCUUCAGGCAUUUGCUGCGAAAGGUGACAUUAUGGGUGUCGCGAAUAUUCUUAACGUAGGACAAAAGGCAGACCCAGAGUCGAUGAUAGCUGCUGCUAAAGGUGGCCAUGAUGAGGUAUUGUCCCUUCUUCUUGGUAUGGGCGACGCGGAUCCUGAUCCCGCCCCAAUAUCUUCUAUGAAGACCGGACAUAACACUCCGAUGCUUGCCGCAAUUGGUCGUGGAAAUCUCGCUGUUAUCAAGCUUUUUCUGGAUCAGAAAGGCUUCAACCCAACUCGCCGACUUUGUGAUGGCAUGACCUAUUAUGAGCUAUCUAGGAAGCGCAGGGCAGACAAUUGGGAGGAAGAAUAUGAUACACUCAAAGAGGCAUACGACAAAUAUAUCAAGAACAAAAAGCAACGCAGAUCUGAUCACCUAUCACCGCGUCGAACACGAGAUAAGGAGAAGGAUAGCAAGCGCUCUACCCGCAGGGAGUCUCCUUCGCCCGCUAGGUCAAGGCAAAACGGUAGUCCCGGCCCGCGUGAUAAGGACUCAGCAGCCAUGCCAAGAGAAAAGAAGGGGAUUGCUCAACCGAGGGAUAAGGCAGGUUCCGGCAUACAUCGUCCGAAGCAUCUACAUCAAGACAUGGAUACGGUCCGGUCCGAACCGUCCAGGCAGAAGGCGGUGUCGACGGUUAAGGAUAGCGAUCCGAACAGGGGCGAAGACGUAAUCAAGAGAAGACGCCUCAUCGCGGGACGACCGCCCCAGGAUAGGGAGCGCAAGGUGCCUAGUUUACCCUCAUCAGAUUCAACGUCCAGCCGUGAGGACGGUGUCAAACCUCGUCCGGACCGUUCUUCUGAGCCGACGUCUAAAACUUCACAACUUAAGCGAGGACGUAGCAGCGCUAGCCCUGAGCGACCUCGUUCUCGCGGGACUGGGGCUGAUAGUAAUAACCGUGAUAUGCUGAAGAAGAAGAGAAGAGUUUUGUCCGAGGAAGGGGCGCCGAAUGUUACUAAUGGAGCUUUAAAGGGACAUUACACUGUCGCAGUUGAUGAUGUCAAGUCGCCUCCUCGACAAAAGCUUGGCAUCAGCGCCAGUGAUUCCAAAAGUGAUCGUUCGCAGGAUUCACGUUUUGUGUCCCCUAAGGAACAAAACUUGGUAAAAGAAGAGCGGGAAAAACAGGAAACGCACGGAUUGGUUGGUAUUCCUAUGGAAGAGGCCAAGGUAGUUGAAGUGGACAAAGAAUCUCCCCCGCCGAUACAUCAAGUGCUUGAUCGAAGCGAACCUAAUGGCGAUACCGAGACCGAAAUCCCUCCUAGCCAGGAUUCUGAGAAAAAGAUGGCCAAGGAAACAGAGCAGGAGCGGCUAGCUCAAGAAGCCCGGGCUGCCGACGCGGAAAAGGCUCGCGCGCAGGAAGAAGAGGAACGAGCAGCCCGAGCGGCCUGUAUAGCGCUGGAAAAGGAGGAAGAAAAUAAGCGGAAAGAAGCUGAGCAGCGGCGAAUUAAGCAAGCAGAGGACGAGCAUCAGAAGCGCCUCGAACAGGAAAGGCAGCGGCUUGCGAAAAUUCGGAGGGAGCAGGAAGCGCACGAGCAACGUCGUCGAGAUGCACUUCCCAGUCGCCUUUGUAUAGCAGCUAAUCUUGUCGGAUCCAACAACCCGCAAUCACGCAGCCACACAUGGUUGAAGAAAUUCAUGCCAGUGGUUACAGCGGAGACCAGACAGCUUGAUCCUAGCUGUAGUGCAGACGUUGCAAAUGAGCGAUGGGUUCCAAACUAUCUCGUUGCUCCGCUGCUAGCUACCAACGACCUCCAGUUGUCCCAGUAUUCCAGUUGGGAGAAGCGCCACGUAACACCUACGCAAAGGAUGAAUUUGUGGCGGGUUACACGGCGAAUGCUCGUGCAGGCGGACGAUACGGAGUUCUUGACAGCAUCGUUUGGGCAGAUCAUGCAGAAGGAUAGUGAAACUCGGAGCAAGUACUUUGAUAUGGAUCAUGUCUUCUGGGUAAAGCUUUCCGAUUUCAUGGACCUCGUCCCUCAUAUUCCUCAUCUCCAUGGGCUGGACAUACAGUUUCUGAAGAUGCACAUCGAUCGAGAACCGAGUUUCAAUCCUGCCUCUCAACCAUCCCUGUCAAAUGGACAUAUUGAUGGACCGCAUGAGAAACCUGGACCUUACGAACAAACACUUACCAAUGGCUAUGCGCACAGGCGGCCAAGUACAUAUGUCUGA